CGCGUCCUUCUUUUCAAGGUCCAGGCAAAUUUCGGUGGCAACAGAAUGUGUACCCAGCGGUCUGCCACAGAGCAAGAGGAUCAACACGCGGAUCCGAUCGUGGUGUUUCACUAUCGCGACUCACCCACGUCGUCGACGGCAUCGGUUGAAAUUAUGGUUCGCGGUUCACAACAGACAUCGGACACUCUCGAUUGGUCUCGACUGCAGCGGGAAGCCGCAUUGACUUCCGUUUCCUUGGGCGAGUACGAACCAUCGCUGGAAGGUGGCAAUGCCACGGACUUGUCGCUGCUCUCGACGGGAACGAUCAGUGAUGAUAGUGCUGCGGAUGAGGGUCGUCUGCAGAUCGCUUGGGACGGCACAGAUGAGCACAGUGAAGAUGAAACGGAGUCCGAAUCCGGUCGUUCGACGGUCGUUUCGUUGGCACUGCCCAAUCGACGAUCCUCACGGGCCGCUCCAUACACGAACAGACGGAUGGUGAGCACGUUAAUGCCGAGCAAGACACUGCCGUCGAAGGUCCUCGAGGGUACCAAGUUUCCGAUCGUAUACCACCGGAAUAUGGCACGCACGUUCCCCGAGCAUGAAACGCGCACACCGGAGCAACAGAGGCAGCGACAGCGUAACACGGAGGCAGCUCGGAUUAGCCGUGCCAAGACGAAGCUGUUGGAGCAGCUCAUGGAACGGGAGAUGCAGGAUGUGGCGGCCACCAACACGAACAGGAAACGCAUGGUCGCCUCCCAGCGGGAGUAUGUGAACCGAUUGGCGGAGCUGCUGCACCUUCCCCGGUCAACGAUGAAGCGGAUCGAGAAGCAGCUAUCUGAUGAGGCGAAUCUGCAGGGGAAAUCAUCAAUCGAAAGUAUAAUUUAGUUGUUCAAAUAAAAUGAAUCAAAAAUCAGU